AUGACAAAGAGAGUAUUAAUUACACAAUUGCUGUGGGUGCAAGUUUCUGUGUUACUGCUGUUGUUUCUCCUCCUGUGGUUGUCUCCACCAUCAGGCCACCUUACAGUGCACCCACCACCACCACCUGUCCCUCCACCAAGACUACCAGAAGACUUAAAACAAGGACAAAACUCACCACCACCACCACUGGUCCCUUCAUCAAGACUACCAGAAGACUUACCACAAGAGCAAAACUCACCACCACCACCACAUGCAGCCUACAGAAGAAGCUGCUACAAAUACCACCCAAACCUCACAGCGGAAAACACGUGUUGCAAGAUGACCAACUUCAGCGGUGCUCUUCACCUUCUUCACACUUGUAUAACACGCGCUAACACACACCUGCUCAACGAGGCCAAAGUGGGAACUGGAGGAGACGCAGUAGGUGGUGGUAACUGGUCUUCUGUCCACUGGGUACACUGGGUCCUUGUUGGUGACUCCCAUAUCCGCUACAUCUUGGGCUCCUUCCUCACCCGCUUCAGAAGUCCUGGACUCAUGUACCGUGUGAGAGAUACUGAUGAAUGGCACGGCACAGCUCUGCUAGAGAAGACAGUGCGGCUUUCCGUUAUACAUCGAAGAAUUCAAGUGUUUAACCAGGAUAUCAACUUCCGGAUGACCUAUAUCUGGGACCCUUACCUGAGAGUGCUUCCGGAGGAGAUGGCGGUGUGGGAGAGGCGUCCCCGAGACACUCCUUGCCUACUCAUCUUUGGUGGCGCCUUACACUGGAUGGUGAAGACACAGAAACUCUAUGCCAAGAAUGGAACAGAGGCAGCGGCGGCCAGAUACAGAGAGCAUAUCAAGAGCUUAAGACCACACCUGACACGACUCUCCAGCAGAACAACCGUCGUUUUCAAGCUGCUCGACGACCUCAAGAAAACCUAUGUAAUCAACUCUACGGAAGCGGUCAAAAGCAUCAGGAACUAUGUCCUGUACAACAAGAUCGCGGUGCAGGAGUUGUCAGGGACGGGCGUGAUCAUCUGGGACAGCACGAGGCCUCUCUCCACCGACUACGCCCACCACUGUAUCAAGAACCCCGAAAUGCAAACCCCUCCAUACUUCUACUGGAAGUGUCAAGACUUAGGUCAUGUUGGUUACAUCCUGGUCGACCAGUAUGCCGAUAUGAUCAUCAAUGACUUUUGUAACAAACAUCUCAAUAUCUCUGGAGCUUGUCUAUAAAAAAGAUGCUUUCAUGGAUAUACACAUUCUCAAGAAAUACAGUAUAAGCGAAAGUUUGAUUCACAAAGACGUGACUUCGACACAAACUUGGGAGAAUGAUGAGGUUCACUGAGCACGCCACCUGACUAUUAGUAUAUACACAUGUAAAGUUCAUUCAUAUUCUGCCAUAGAUGAGAAUUUCUAAUUUGUAUAGCCUUUUGCAUAUAUCUAAAUGACAUUAUUUAUUUAAUCUUCGAAAAUUGGACUCAAAUGUAUUCGUAUUUUAUUAUAUACAGUAAUUUAACAAAUAAUUAAAUCAUUAAGAUGUUUAAAUAUCACAUGAAUUGACAAUGUAUAUACAUAUACCGACAGGUAGACCUUGAAUCUCGGAGUAUAUACAUUGAGAAUAUAUUUUAGUUUUGGACUAUGGUCAGUCCUGAAGAAUACUUAAUAUUCAUUAAGUAAUUGUGGUGGCUUUAAUAACCUUACAGAGGUCGAGAGGCCUUAAUCCCAACAACAUACAACAAUCAUUUGAAUCCUGACCAUUUGAAUAGGUUGUUUAUAAUUGUGGUUAAUAUAUAAUUACGAAUAAAGUGCUGGUCAUUUCUUCAACAUUUGUGAUUUAAUUCUUUAUUUAUUUUAAUUCAAAUAAUAAUAAUGUGCGAGAAUAAUUCAACCCAUCAUCCUGAAACUAUAGUGCUUGUAGCUAUUUGAUCGAAAGAACCAAAUUGUAGUGAUGGACCACCUGUAAGCCAUUGUUGUACUAUUAAUUUUAGAGGCUGAAAAACUAAAGCUAAAACCAAACUUAAAUAUUCCUAGGCCUAGUAAAGCAUAUAUAUAUACUAUAUUAGGCCUAGGAUUGCUAGGACAGCCGUAUCCAUAGUCAACUUUAGAUAAACUACAUCCCACCAAAUAAUACAAAAGUUAACUUUCUGGUGCUCCAAGAAUUGGUACUUUUGACCAAAUAGUUACCAUGAGUACUUUCAUUUCAGGAGGAUGGGCUGGAAUAAUUAUGCUAAUUGUUUAAAAAUUACAGCCUAUUAUCGUGAAUGGUUUGACCCUUUAUAAGUUACACAUGAAUAUCGUGUCAUUUUUGUAAAUAAUAGUAGCGUUGUAAGUUAUAUUUUGCCAUUUUAUACGGUUAAUACAAUUUUAUACAGUCAACCACCUGUGUCUAAUAUUAUCAUAUGUAAAAAGAACUACAAAAUAAACAUA